AUGCUAGCAAAGUGCUUGGCCAGAGCGGGGGCCUUUAUGCUAGCAAAGUCCUUUGCCAGAGCGGGGGGGGGCUUUAUGCUAGCAGAGUACUUUGCCAGAGCGGUGGUCUUUAUGCUAGCAGAGUACUUUGUCAGAGCGGGGGGCUGUAUGCUACCAGAGUACUUUGGCACAACGGGGGGCUUCAUGCUAGAAGGGUACUUUGCCAGAGCGGGGGGCUUUCUGCUAGCAGAGUACUUUGCCAGAGCGGGGGGCUUUAUGCUAGCCGAGUACUUUGCCAGAGCGGGGGGCUUUAUGCUAGCACAGUACUUUGCCAGAGCGGGGGGCUUUACGCUAGCAGAGGACUUUGCCACAGCGGGGAGCUUUAUGCUAGCAGAGUACUUUGCCAGAGCGGACGGCUUCAUGCUAGCAGAGUACUUUGCCUGA